AUGCCAAGUCCUUUACUGCAUCCCUUGCAUGGCAUCAAGACGCAAGCACGCUCGGGUUGCAGGUGGGGCAUUUGGUACCAACAACGACGGUGGUGGUUUGAUCCAGAUGCGACGAGAAAGGCGCAUGACAAACCAGCGGUUGUGGGAACCAAGUACAUCUUCAUCAAAAGCCAGGUCCCUGUCGUGCUUCUGCAAACCAUCCGUGGCGUUGGAACGAAGGGGCAGAUCGUCAACGUCAGGCGUGGGUAUGCGCGGCAUGUCCUGGUACCAAAUGGACUGGCGGCCUUCGGCACGUGGGAAAACAUCGAUGCAUUUGCCGAUCCAACAUUGAUCGCUGAUCCCACGCUGAAGGCGCGUGCUGCAACGGAGAGGGGGCAACUGCCAUUUGAUUGGGUGGGCGAUGUCCGUCUGAGAUUUGUACGCCCUGCUCGCGAGGAUCAAAACAUGGCGCUGCUCGAGCCCGUUUCCAAAUGGGACGUUCUUGAGGACCUUUCAGCCAACCACGAGUUGGACCUGCUCCCGGGCAAUCUGGACGUUCCUGACGGUGGUCUGAGCAGAGCUGGAUUGCAUGAGGUGGCUGUGAGCAUUCCCUUCCGCAACCCGGAGACUGCAGCAGGAAAAUACACGAUUCUGGUGGACGUGAUCUCCAAGCAGAGCCAGGAAGAAGAGCUUCAGCGUGAAGAAAUGAAAAAGGCACAGACAAUUGCAUGCGGAUCUGCCAUUGACUCUUCCUGCUCACAUCAGGCUUUGGAGCAGGGCAUGAGCUACAGACUGGUACAACGUGGUGGAGCAGUUCAGGCGAUGAAAGCUUCUUUUCGGAUCUUGCCGAUGAAGAUGAUGCUGACGAAGAGUUUGUCGAGUGAGAAAAAGCUUCUGUUGAAGCAUGUGAAGGACGCAUGCGCUGUCGGUGUGCAGUCGCAAGCACAAGUUGUGGCAUUGCUGCAUGAAGUGGGAGUGCAGACCUGUGCAGGUGCGGAGCCUUCGUCUGGACGCAUCUUGAUGUGCUCAGAAAAUCGACCGGCCCUGGUGGACGAGGCGGCUCAGCGAUACGAAUGGGUGUUGGUGCAUGCAGUGAGCAAGUGCUUGACCUUCACUUUUACCAUGAGUCUAAGUUGUAGCGACGUCGCCCUGGAUGGCACAUUGCGGCACAACCCCUCUGGAAUGCGGGUGUCGCCCGACAAGGGUGUCGUGGUGGACGGCAGGGAGUACAAGCUUUCACCUCAAGAUAUUGACCUGGAUCGCGACUGCACCCUGGGAACCGGCGCAGGAGGUGUCGUCCAAGCUGGAGUCCACAAGCCAACAGGAAUGCGAGUUGCGAUCAAGACGGUGAAGGUUGACAACAAAGAGAAGCGUGAACAGAUGCUACAAGAGAUCAAGGGCCUCGUUCUUGCUGCUGGCUGCCCCUACUUGGUUCAAUGGUACGCCGGCUUCGUGGGCAAGGACACCGGGCUCGUGCACGUGGUCGUGGAGCUGAUGGAUCGGGGCAGUCUUGCCGACCUGCGGAGGCGUUUGGCAGCUCCUGUUCCGCCGAAUCACGUGGCGUGCAUCGCUGCUCAAAUAAUGCGGGGACUCGAACAUCUGCACAGCAGGCGGCUUCUUCACAGAGACAUCAAGCCCGAGAAUGUCUUGCACAACGGAUUGGGCCAGGUCAAGCUCACAGACUUUGGCAUAUCAAAGGAUUUGACAUCCACUGCCGGUGUGGCAGCGAGCUUCGUCGGAACCGCGAACUACAUGUCGCCUGAGCGCGCUCUGGGAAAGGACUAUUCCUUCAGGUCAGAUGUCUGGAGUGCCGGGAUGGUGGUGUUCGAGCUGGCCCAUGGGCAGUACCCAUACAAGGCGAAGAACUUUCUUGACUUAUAUGAGUGCCUGUGCGCGCAGCCCGAGCCACGAUUGGACACCAAAGCGUUUCCCGCUGCACUGUGCGGCUUUGUCGCCUUGUGCUUGAAGCGCGAUGACACAGCGCGACCCGACGUCCAGUCGUUGGUUAAGCACGAGCUUGUGGUAAGCCAAGGUGCGGAGCAGAUCAAGCUCUUGGCAGAAUGGCUAGCAACGUCUGGAACCUGA